GUGAUUCUGAUCCCAAAAUUGAGGUUGAAGAUCAGCGUUCAGUCAGUCUAAAUGGUGCCGCGACCAGGAGAAACGAUUCAGUCAAAUCAUCCGGUAGCAGCAAGAAGACAAGGACAAUACCAUGUAGUGACCCUGUUUUCAGAAUCAAAUUGUUAAAGACUGCGUUUUUGCUUUGGAAUAUGACCAUUUUGGGCUGGGAAUAUGGUCAGAUGGGACCAGUAUUUCCUGAUCUACGAGACAUAGCGGGGGUAUCACUGAAACAAGGAUCUUGGUUGUUUACAGGAUUUGCUGUAGGAUACCUUGCUGGCUGUUUAAUCGCCGGAUUUACCCAGACAAGGUUCAGUUCCAAUCUACUGUUGUUUUUCUACACUAUUGUUUCGGCUGGUGCAUAUACCGUUACACCGUGGAUACCGGUAUUUGAAGUUAUGGUGUUUCUACUUGCCCUGAGUGGUUUAGGUAUUGGAGGACAGGACACAUGUGUCCAUACAAUGCUUUUUGAAACGUGGGAUUCUAAAGUUGGACCGUACUUUCAGAUGUUGCAUGUACUCUACGCUGUUGGAGGAAUUAUUUCACCGUUAGCCACGAAACCUUUCCUUCGGAAAAAUAUCCAGGAGGGACAUCCAGAUAUUGUAAAUUCCACACAGGCGAUUUCCAUACAGAACGCAACCCAGUCAUCUGUUUCUAUAGUCAGCACAAACAGGAGUAACAGCCUGGAUGACGUCAUCAUGACGGAUACCGACGUGCACUACGCUCUUCUUGUUUCCGGUUUAUUGUCAGUCUCAGCUGCAGUUCCCUUCCUUGCUAUUUUCUUUAAGGACCAACGUGCAAAGAAAUCACAACAUCAAAAUAACGCUGUGAAAGUGAUCACGGCAGAUAAACAGACACGUUUGCCUUCACGUAUAGAAAGAAUUGUCCUGUGCAUCUUUUUGUUAAAUUCUUUCGUAGCUACAGCAUUUCUCGACCUUUUUCCUAGUUUUUUGACCACAUUUGUAAUAAAACAAGCAGGCAUGACACAGCAAGUCGGGUCAAACCUUACUUCGGCAUACUUCGCCAUGUACGCUGUUGGAAAUUUUUUAAAUAUUUUUGCUUCAGUUUACAUUAAGAUUACAAAAAUUAUAAUAUUUUCCUACAUCAGUACAGUGGCAAUGUUAACUGGUGUUUUAUUGAGCGUUGUAUUCCCAAAUGAAGUGUUGCUCUCGGUUUUUGUUUCUUUAAGCGGACUCAGUUCUGCGACUAUAAUAGCCACGAUAUACACGUGGAUACAGGAACACGUGACACCUGUCACAGGAAAGCUGGCUUCCGGUCUGCUUAUUAGCGGUUCAUUAGGAAUAUCUCUGAAUCCUUUGUUAACAGGAUAUUUGAUGGAUGUGUACUCGCCACUGUGGUUUAUAUAUUUGAGUUUAGGAAACACUCUCUUUUGCGCAGUUUUGUUCAUAACUGCGAUGCUUCUUACAAAAACAUAUUCAAAUGAUAUGAAUGUGACGGAAGAAACUAUUAGAGCAAAUCAAACCACGGCAGACGAAAUAAAAGACGGGAAUACAGAUAUACAUGUAAAUGGAAAAUUACAAAAUGUCUAUGAGAUUACCCAUUUUUAAAGUAUCCAGCUCAAUUUGCAGUGUAUGCUCAAUUACUAACAUUCAUAAUAUUUGAAUCCAAUUUGAUGUUAAUAACAAGAUAUUAACGAAGCAGAAGUAUUAAUUGAUUGAUAUGACCUUUAACUACAUGUACUGGCUUUGUUUUCUGUUUCUCGACAGAUAUAUUACGACUUAAUGCUAUGAGUACACUUAUUAAAUGGCUUGCCGGUCAAUAGUCAAACCUAUUUGCCCGUUGUCCAAAGGACCGAUUGCUAAGAGUUUUUUUUUCAAACCGGUGGCAAAUAGUUUUGACUAUGACCGACAAGCCAUUCAAUAAGAGUUUUAUAACAUGCCAUCAUCAAUAAAUUUCAAAUUUUUUUUAUUAAGGUUUGACUUUAGCAUAGCAAAUCUGUGACCGAGCAAUAGCGAAAACACUGGACCAUAUGGGAAAAUAAGACCCAUCGAUUUUUCGCAUGAGUGAAAAUAUUUUAUAUAGCGCAAAGAAGGAGCCCUUUACUUUAUUUAAAUUUAUGGAAAAAGUAGUAUAGGUAUUUUAGCUUUGCAAACGAUGUGAUAAUAUUCAAUGCAUUGUCUUUCUAAUGAAUAUUUUAUUUUUAAAAUGAAUUUAAAAGAAAAUGGUCUUUUUUGCGUAUACUUUAUAUCUGUCUAUCUACAAUUAGACACAUAGUAAAAUAUGGAUAAUUUGCUGAAAUUUCUUCUGUUUAACAAGGAAUAAAUAGAUUCUUAUUUGUGCUUGAAGACCAUUGCAAACGACUAAGUAACCUGUAUUCAUUUAGCUAUUGUUUCAUAUUAACUUCAGUUUUCUAGGUGAAGAAGAAAAUGGUCUUUUUUAAGCAUUUUGAAGAUGAGUAUAGGUUUUUUAUUCGUUAUCGGAAAGACUCGAACAUUUUCGUAUGCUUCGGUCAAUUGUUACGGAAUUUAAGCUCCUUAACGUUAAAGACUGAUUUCUUCUCACCCGCUAAACUGCACACAUGUACGGAUUUAUAAAUUACGGGACGCUCCAUGAUAUGAUUUUGUUUACAGUAAUAGUCAAUUUUAAAUAGCUUUAGUAACGAUUUAUAUAAAAUUGAAUUGUUGCUUAGAUCCUCAAACGACGUCACUCUAUCCCGCUUAUCAAGUGUGUAAUCGACGUUUUUUUAAUUUUUGCAAAUUAAUUAAGUUUAGAAAAAAACAACAGUUCUGGGGUUGUUUUUCGGAAAUUCAUUAUUUAUUUCAACAAGACGCGAUUUUUUCCAUGUUAAAGACGCUCGUGGAAGUUUCGUCAUUUUUUUUCACAAUAAUAGAUUUUGAUGAAAUGUUCUGUAUUAGAAGAUCAUGUUAUGAUGUAUUGAAAAGUAAAAUAAAAAUACUAGGUCACCAGCACUGUUUCAGUUUUAUUUGUCCUCAGAUAUGAUGCUAUUUUGAACAUUUUUCAAAAUUUCCAUACUCCUACCAUGUAUUUCAGUAAAGUACAAUAACUAGUAUAACUUUGAAAUCUAAGCAAUUUUUAUAACAGAAAACUAUAUUUCUAGUGGAGACAUGCUCAGAAAAAUCAAAAGAAAUUAAUUUGGUAAAAACAGAACAAUAGUUGUUCAGCAGACCGAUGGUUAAUUUUUCAUAUUUUUGUCAAGCUUAUGAUAGUAACUCUGCUAUUUUAUCGAGUUUCACAUAAAAGAACUAAAUCAAACUCUGUACAUGUAUUUGCUUAUGUCUAUCUAAUCUUAAACAAAAAGAAAAUUUGUAGGUCACUAUAUUAGAUUUGGUUUAAAUUAAAUUACAACGAGGUAGGGUGUGGCGGGCAUUUAUAGAACGCAGGUUGGUACGAAAUACGCAAUCAAUUUUUGUUUCAAACAAGUGCAUAUAUUCAGCCCAAAUCUUUGACAGUAUUCUGUUUUUGUCCACAGCUUCAGGCAAAGAUAGUUAACAAGAGGAUCAAAUCGCCCUAUGUCGCUCACCUGAGGAACAUCUGGACUAAACUCGCUGAAAGUGUGGCUGAAGAAACUGGUUUUUCUGUAUUUUUAAAGGAAGAAACAGAGAGGAAUCAAACCGGCUGCUGCAUCCUUAACCUUUAACAUAUUGAUCUUAAAAGCAAUAGGGGUUAUCUACUCCAUUUGGCCAAUCACCCCACUAAGUUUGGAGGGUGCAGGUUAAUGCUACGGAAACUCUUUUCAGUGUUUAGACGUCAAGGAUUUGAACAUGUGACAUAGAAGUUCUUGAGGCGUGAGACUGUAUCAUAGUUAGAAAAUCUGAAGGCUUGAGACUGUAUCAUAGAAGUUCUUGAGGCGUGAGACUGUAUCAUAGUUAGAAAAUCUGAAGGCUUCAGACUGUAUCAUAGAAAUUCUUGGGGCGUGAGACUGUAUCAUAGUUAGAAGUUCUUGAGGCGUGAGACUGUAUCAUAGUUUGAAGAUCUGAAGGCUUGAGACUGUAUCAUAGAAGUUCUUGAGGCGUGAGACUGUAUCAUAGUUAGAAAAUCUGAAGGCUUCAGACUGUAUCACAGAAGUUCUUGGGGCGUGAGACUGUAUCAUAGUUAGAAGUUCUUGAGGCGUGAGACUGUAUCAUAGUUAGAAGUUCUUGAGGCGUGAGACUGUAUCAUAGUUUGAAGAUCUGAAGGCUUCAGACUGUAUCAUAGAAGUUCUUGAGGCGUGAGACUGUAUCAUAGUUAGAAAAUCUGAAGGCUUCAGACUGUAUCAUAGAAGUUCUUGGGGCGUGAGACUGUAUCAUAGUUAGAAGUUCUUGAGGCGUGAGACUGUAUCAUUCUUAGAAGUUCUUGAGGCGGCGUGAGACUGUAUCAUAGUUAGAAGUUCGUUCCAUUUUUAUAAAUAGAUAAUGAUACCUUUGUAUUUGAUCACUAUCAUAAAACUCAUUAAUUUCAAACACAUAGUACUUUUUGUCGCUGUGAUGUUAUCGCUUAUAGAAAAUGGUCAUAAUGUACAAUUUAUUUUGAAAUAUUACAGGGGUCUAUUAAUAAUUUAACCUAGUUAUAUAUCUUUGUGUAAAUGCUGAAACACAAAAGCCUUAGAAUUUAUAUUUAAAUGAACCACUUGAUACAUGUUCACUAAAAUUAGAAUUAGUCAGAAGCAAUUUUGCAGUGAUUUCUCUCGUGUUAUAAAAACCGCGUUGCUUCACUGCACUUAGGUGUGGGAAGCGGGGGUGUGGGGUAGGUGGCAGAGCUAAAUCAGAAAUAAAAUUUUCAAGUACGUCUUUCUCGUUAAUCGCUCAAAAGAUCUUCACUAAACGUAGUCAGAAAUUUCAUAGACAUCAGUUUUAUUCAAAAUGGUUCUUGGGGCAGCUAGAGCUUAUAAUAGGACAGUCUUUGAUUAUACAAAUAUUAUCGCGAAUCGUUUGAUCGAUUUUAUCACACUUGGUCAAAAGUGCAAAUUCUUUUUCUUGACUGUUCAGAUUAUUUUGCUUGACUUUAUUAAAAUGUUUUUUUGACUGCUCCUAAGA